UGUCCUGCCCAGUGUAAUGUGGCUGGCUCGGCUCUCUCCCUGGAGCCUCACAAAAGCUAAGAAGCAGCUGGAGGUGGAGCAGACCUCCUCAUCACCCGGAGCCCUCUCUCUCGGAAGCAGUCAUGCCUGUGACAAAGAGUGCCAGGGGCCCCCAGGAAGCUGCUGACCUCAAACUGGACCUCACGUACCCACCCCAAAGUGCCAAGGAGCUGCAGAGCAAGGACUCCAGUUUCUGGGAUGGACGCUCUUCCGAGUCGCCAGGCUUAGAGAAAACCAAAGGCAUAACCGCAUUCCAGACCUUGAUUCACCUGGUGAAAGGCAACAUGGGCACAGGGAUCCUGGGCCUACCCCUGGCCGUGAAGAAUGCGGGCAUCCUGAUGGGCCCGCUCAGUUUGCUGGCAAUGGGCUUCAUCGCCUGCCACUGUAUGCACAUCCUGGUCAAAUGUGCCCGGCGCUUCUGCCACAGGCUUAACAAGCCCUUCAUGGAUUAUGGCGACACAGUGCUGCACGGGCUGGAAGCCAGCCCCAGCGCCUGGCUCCGGAACCACGCCCACUGGGGAAGGCAUAUCGUGAGCUUCUUCCUUAUAGUCACCCAGCUGGGCUUCUGCUGUGUGUACAUUGUGUUUCUGGCUGAUAAUUUAAAACAGGUAGUGGAAGCAGUUAAUGGGACCACCAACAACUGCCAUUACAAUGAGACAGUGAUUCUGACGCCCACCAUGGACUCUCGACUCUACAUGCUCGCCUUCCUGCCCUUCCUGGUGCUGCUGGUCCUCAUCCGGAACCUCAGGGUUUUGACCAUCUUCUCCAUGUUGGCCAACAUCAGCAUGCUGGUCAGCUUGAUCAUCAUCACCCAGUAUAUUGCCCAGGAGAUUCCAGACCCCAGCCGGUUGCCACUGAUAGCAAGUUGGAAGACCUAUCCUCUCUUCUUUGGAACAGCCAUUUUUUCCUUUGAAAGCAUUGGCGUGGUUCUGCCCCUGGAAAACAAGAUGAAGGAUGCCCGUCGCUUCCCAGCCAUCCUGUCUUUGGGAAUGUCCAUCAUCACUGCCCUGUACAUUGGCAUCGGGACUCUGGGCUACCUGCGGUUUGGAAAUGACAUCAAGGCCAGCAUAACCCUUAACCUACCCAACUGCUGGCUGUACCAGUCGGUCAAGCUCUUGUACAUCGUUGGUAUCCUGUGCACUUACGCCCUGCAGUUCUACGUCCCUGCAGAAAUCAUCAUCCCCUUCGCCACCUCGCAGGUGUCAAAGCGCUGGGCACUGCCUCUGGACUUGUCCAUCCGCCUCGCCAUGGUCUGCCUUACAUGCACCUUGGCCAUCCUGAUCCCCCGCCUGGACCUGGUCCUCUCCCUGGUGGGCUCCAUGAGCAGCAGCGCCCUGGCCCUCAUCAUCCCACCCCUCCUGGAGAUCACCACCUACUACUCGGAGGGCAUGAGCCCCCUCACCAUCGCCAAGGACGCCCUGAUCAGCAUCCUGGGCCUCGUGGGCUUUGUGGCGGGAACUUACCAGGCCCUGGACGAGCUGAUCCUCUCGGGAGGCCCUGUCACCUUUUCCAAUUCCACCGUUUUUAUUCAGUGAGAAUGGCACUGUCCCGUAACCACCAGCACCUGACUUUUAUUGAUGUGGAUAUCUUUUAUAUGCAUUAUCUUUAUUUUGUUGCUUUAUCUUUUCUUCUGGGCCAAGUCACGGUGAAACGAGCAAGGACUCACUGGCUAUAGGGUCUAGAUGGCAACUUAAAAAUGUGGUUUUGUUUAUUCCUUUUCUUUCCAUCUCUAGCUUUCCAUUAAGUCAAGAGCUCUCCCAUGGAAGGCUCUCGAUUCCAUCCAAUUUUUUGGCGAUUCAUGUUGCCUUGAGUGGUGCUAUGCAAGAAGAAGCCACCAGGGGGCAACCAAGUGACAGCAACUGGCAGAAGGAGGUGCCACUGGCUAAGGCUGAUCCUGAUCUGGUAGACUAAGAGUUUCCCCUUUUCCAGAUCUGUUCAAUGAGCAAAGACUAGGGGACAUAACCUAUAAUCCAGCAAUGUAUGCACAGCUCCUGUGUCAAAAUGGAUAGGGCAAAGAGGUCCAAUGUGAGCUGCAACUCUGAAAGGAGCCAUCGUAUUUAAGCCCAGGGCAAUAAACUUUCUGAACCACUGGGUAAAGUUUUGGCCCAGGUCAAAGAUCUCAACAGUAGGUAGGAGGCAUGGAAGUGGAUGUGUCAAUGGCAGGGGGUAGGGGAGUGGACAAUGUCUUUACAGUAUUUGGCAUUAUCCACCUUUUAAUUCUUGCAACAAGCCUUCUACCUACUGUGUGUCAAGCAUAGCUCAAGGUUCUUGUAGUAGGUUGCAAAAAUGGCCACAGAUUCUUCUUGACAAUGUGACUUUACAGCUCCUCCCAUCAAGAGGUGAAAUCCACGUCUCUACUCCUUGAAUCUGGUCUUGCCCUUGUGACUUAUUUGGGCCAGUUGGACAUGAGUAAAUGUGAUGCAAGCAGAGGUUUGGUGACGGCUUGUGCAUCAGGACUUUCAUUUCUCAUUGUGCUAUGGAGUGAAGGCCACCAGGUGAAGAAGCCUGAGCUAGCCUACUGGAGGAUGAGAAGGCAUGUGAAGCAGAAAGGAAUCGUCCCAGUUGAGCCCAUCCCUCAGAUCAACCAGCCUGCCAACUUCUAGACACAUGAGGGAAGCCUCCUAGAACACACCCAGCUCCAAUCAGGCUGACCCAAAUCAUAAGGAAUGCCCAGAUGAUCCACAGAAUUGUGAGAAAUAAUAAAUGUGGUUUUAAGCCA